AUGGCGCACCCCGCCAUCGCGAGCCUCGGCGCGGGGGCCUCGUCGGUCGUCUCGAGCUCCGCGCGGGUCGCUCGUAGGCAGCGCGCGCCGGUUCGUGUGAGCGGGUCCGCCUCCGAUCGUCGCGCAGCGCGCGUCGGGGAAUCGGAGCGCGCGCGCCAGCGGAGAGGGAGAGGCAUCGAGGCCGUCGCGGCGUCGACGGGCGUGAAGGUCGACCGCUUCGGCGCGUCCGUCGCGGCCGAUUUCCCGCCGCGCUUCGAGCGACCGUCGAGCCCGUCGUGUUCCGUCGGCCUCGAGCUCGAUGAGGAUUUCCUCGACGCACGCGACGACGCCCCCGAUGAGAACGAAGUGACCACGACGCGUCAGUGCCUGGACUCCCGCAAGGUCGCCCUCGGCUCGCUCGCGCUCUUCGUUCUCGUCGGUGGCGUCGCCGCGAUCCACCCCGAUCCCGCGCUCGCCAGGGAGGUCACCCUGGAGCUGCCGGACUUCGACAUCCCCGACUUUGAAGUCCCGGACAUUCCCACGACGCCGAUGGAGUUCCUCGAGGUCGUCACCACGAACCCGUACGCCGCCGUCGCGGCGUCCGUCGCGGCGUACCUUGUCAUACCCAAAGCCGCGGAGCUGCUGGUGAAGUACGUGCUGGUUCCCGCACUCGUGCUGCUGGUCGCUUACGAGGCUUCGCAGAACCCGGAUGAGACCAUCGCGCUCGUCGCAUCGGCGAUUAACCAGGCGCGGGACCACCCCACGGUCACCUCGGGGAUCAUCCUCGCGAUCCUGGCGCUGGUGCUGUCGCCGUACAUCCUCGUCGCCGCGGGCGUCGGGCUGAUCGUGUCUGGCGUGCAGCUGCUCCCCGAACAGCUCAAGCCCGUGUUGCCGGCGCCGGUGAGGGAGAUUGAGACCCAGAUCGAGGAGCUUCAGCGCGCGGUGGACCCCGGGGUCAAGCGAGCCAGGGCGCUGGGUUCGCAGGCGAAGGCGCGGGGCGAGAAGCUGCGGCAGGAGGCGGACGCGCAGAAGGCGAGGCUGGAGGCUGAGAGGGACAGGCGCCUCAGGGAACAGGCGGAGGCUGCUGCUCAGAGGAUCGAGGACACGAGGGCGGCGCUGGUCGCGCCGGUGGUGACGGCGCAGAAAGCCGCGGAGGAGGCGGCGAAGGAGACGCUCGAGCGCGCGCAGGACGUCACCGAGGCGGUGGCGGAGGCGGGCGAGGGCGCGGGGCAGACGGUGAAGUGCACGAGCUAUCCGACGCCGCAGGAGCGGAGCAGUUGCGUGGACAGGCAGCGAGAGGAGCGGCGCCAGCGGGAGAGCAAGAGGACCGAGGAGCUUCGCGAGAAGGCGUCCAGGCUGAGAGCGAACUCGGCGGAGAGGGAACGGCCGGUGCCGGACGUGGGUAAGGCGCUCCUCGGAAGCGGGGAGUCCUCUUAA